AUGCAGCAGUUACUGCGUCGUGUGCAGACGUUACGCUCAGAUGUGCAUUGCGUCAGCCACCGUUGCGUGCACGCACGACGACCGCCGAGCUCCCGUCUGUGGCUUUGCGCCGGUAACCGCAGAGGCGCUUGCAAGGCUGAGACUCACACCCACCUGCCAUCAGGGCUGAACGGUGUAAGAGGCCGAACUGACGGAGGGGAAGUGGCUCCUCCACAAGCAUGCGAAGCAGUAGGCGUCAGGUCAUCCUCAUCUUUAGCUGCGCCACCACUGUGGUUGGACCCGCCAUUUACACCCGUGCCCGGUGAGUGUGCUGCGGCACAGACAGGGAGCGACGUCGAUGCCCCAAUGCUGCUCUACGUGUGUGGCGCGUGUGCG